ACCGUCACCGAUCACUGUCGUUUGACGUCUGCGGUCUGGCACUAAAAAAGAAAACUAAUGCUUUUAAUUCCAUGUCUGUUCAACAGUUUGUAAUAUUAAAUAUAUUUAACACAAACAUGUGAUUACAGCUGAUGUUACAACAAUUGAUUUAAGUUUCUGAAACAUCUGUUUGUUUAUAAACACUAUAUAAAGAUUUCAUUAAAAAUACAACGCUACAUAACUGUGCCAUAAUGGGAAUCAUCAUAUCUAUAAUAAUGUUUAUUAUUCUGCUUUUCAUAGUCAGGGUGUCUUACGUAAUGUUCAACGUUUUCACUGGGAAAUGUGGAGUUAGUAGUAAAAAUAGGACUUUAAAAACAAUAUUCUGUAUUGGUUCUGGGGGACAUACAUCGGAAAUGAUAAGAAUAAUAUCACAUAUUGAUUUAAAGAAAUAUGAACCUCGCCUUUAUAUAUUGGCGGAUAAUGACAGCAGUAGUGAAUAUAAAGUGAAAGAAGCUGAAAAAGAAAAUGUCUUUAUGAUUCAUAGAAUACCAAGAAGUAGAAAUGUGAAACAGUCUUAUGUUUCCUCUAUUUUUACUACUAUUAAUGCAACCUUGCAUACUUUACCACUAAUAUGUCAUUUCAAACCAGAAGUUAUAUUCUGUAAUGGCCCUGGAACCUGCAUACCUGUUUGUUUAGUUGCAUUUUUGUUAAGAUGUCUUUUCAUUCUUGAUUGUCGAAUUGUUUUCAUAGAAAGUGUAUGUAGAGUGAGAACUUUAUCAUUGUCUGGGAAAAUUUUACAGUUUUUUGCUGAUGUCUUUGUAAUCCAGUGGCCUGAAUUGAGACAUGCAUGCUUUAGAGCUAAAUAUUUUGGUAGAUUAACAUAAAUCUAGGGUUAAAAUAUUGUUUUUUUUUAUAAUAUUGAAAAUAAAGUUAUAUAAAUAUUU